AUGUCAAACUCAGAACAGACUCCUCCGCAACAAUCAGGUUUGAACGUAAAUGCUGCUGAAUUCAACUUCAACUUAAAUGCCAGUGAGUUUGUUCCAUCUUUUGGCACUACACAAGUAAACCCUCCUGGAUAUGAGAAUCCUUCGUAUCAAAAUACGUACUUGUAUAAUCAAGACCCACAGAACAUGUAUUAUAACCAGCAGUACCAGCAAUACGGCCAAUAUGGUCAAUACGAAUAUCCUCAGCAGUACUAUAACCUCCAGCAGCCUUAUUAUUACCCAGAAAAUCAACCCCCUGAGGAGCCAGAAGAACCAGAAGAUAACACAAUCAGCUUCAGUGACUUCGAAAACUCACGGUCAAGCAAGCCUAAAGUUACACCAGGCCCAAAACUUGGCUUUAAAAGUAUGACAUUUUUAUACGAUUUUUCACUUUUAAAAUCAUAAAAAAUUAUAGAAAAUUCAUAGAAAAUUACUAUAUAAAUGUAGGGGAAGAAGUGCGACAAGUAGUCGAACAAGAAGAAGCCCCUAAAGAAGAAGUAAAAGUCGCCCCAAAAGUCAGGAAACCAGUCAUCAAAAGCAUCACAGAAAAACCAAUUGACAAAGCUGCCUUAAUCGCGAAACUAAGAGAAUCAGCUGCUAAUGAAGAACAGCCGCUUGUCGAGCCUGAUAAAAUAAAAGAGCCAGUUAACAUUGUGUUUAUUGGCCACGUGGACUCUGGGAAGUCAACUAUUUGUGGAAGCAUUUUAUUGCUGUCUGGAAAAGUUGACCAAAGAAUCAUCGAAACUUAUGAACAAGAAGCCAAAAGGCUUGGAAGGGACUCAUGGUGGCUUGCUUAUAUUAUGGAUCAAACUGACGAAGAAAGAGAAAAAGGGAUCACGGUUGAAGUCGGAAAAGCGUUUUUUGAGACUCCGACAAAAAGAUUUUCAAUUUUAUGCUGUUUUGUAAUGAAUUUUGCAUAUUUUUUAUUAAAAAAAAAAUAAAUUCAUUGAAAAAAGUGUAGAUGCCCCAGGCCAUAAAGCUUAUGUCCCUAAUAUGAUAGGAGGUGCAUCUCAAGCUGACUAUGCAUCUUUGGUGAUUUCUGCAAGAAUUAGUGAGUUCGAAACUGGAUUCGACAGAGGUGGCCAAACCCGAGAGCAUGCUAUGUUGGCCAAGUCUCUAGGAAUUAGCAACUUAAUAGUCGUCAUCAACAAAAUGGACGACCCUUCAGUCAACUGGUCUCAAGAUCGCUUUGAACAGAUCAAGCGAGAAAUGAGCCCAUUUUUGUCGGAAAAAUGCAAAUAUGACCUUAGCCAAGUCCACUGGAUCCCAAUUUCUGGCAUUUCAGGGGCUAAUAUUAUAGAAAGAGUUAAACCAGAGACUGCACCUUGGUAUAAUGGCCCAACACUUUUUGAGAUUUUCGACUCUUUACCACUGCCUGUGAGGUCUGCUGAAGCUCCAUUAAGAAUCCCAAUACUUGACAGAAGCAAAGACCAAGGAAUAAUCAUAUAUGGAAAAGUAGAAAGUGGGCAAGUUGUCAAAGGGCAGAGAGUUAUCGUCAUGCCUAUCAGGAUAAAAGGAGAAAUCGUAGAAAUUAUUGGAGCUGAAGAAUCUAGGCUUAUGUACGCAAAUGCUGGAGAAAAUGUAAGGAUCAAAUUGAAGGUCCCUGAAGAAGUUGAAAUUCAGAGAGGGUUUACUAUUUGUGAUAUACACGAUGUCUGUCAUGCAGCACAAGAAUUUUCUGCUGACGUACAACUCUUAGAUCUUUUAGAAGAAAAGCAAGUCGUCUCAGCUGGCUACCAAUGUGUUAUGCACGCCCACACAGCAGUUGAAGAAUGCGAGAUCUUAGAAAUCACUGCCCUAAUUGAUGUUGCUAGAAAAAAGAAAUCAAAAACGUCAUUUGGCAGGUCAAACCAAAGGAUUUUGAUGCGUGUUAAAGCAGAAGAAGAAAUCUGUGUAGAGCCAUUUACCAAAAUGAACCAGCUUGGAAGAUUUACACUGAGAGAUGAAGGUAAAACAGUUGGGCUUGGAAAAAUCAUUGAAAUUGUGGAAGCAGCAGAAGAAGCUCCAGAAGAAGAGCCAGCUAAUAAGUAA